UUUGUUCCAUUUCUAGGUGUCCAUAUCUUUGGCCUUUGUGCUACCGCACUCGUCACUGAUAUCAUACAGCUGUCAACUGGAUAUCAAACACCGUAUUUCCUGACUGUAUGCAAACCUAAUUAUACUUCCCUCAACGUAUCGUGCUCAGAAAAUUCUUAUAUUGUGGAGGAUAUUUGCUCAGGAUCUGAUCCCAUUGUCAUCAAUGACGGCAGAAAGUCAUUUCCUUCACAACACGCCACCCUGGCAGCCUUUGCAGCUGUGUAUGUUUCGGGUCUGUAUGCUGUGGGGAACUUUCUGCCAAGUGAAGACAACACGUUCAAUCAUAACGUACAUAGAGAGCCAUUGAAACCUUUGCCUGACCUAAGCCAAGACCCCAAUCGAAUUUUACCAGGGAAAAACGGUAGUGGAAACGAUGUGAUCGCCACUCAUCACGUGGAGAACAUGUUGAACAGGAACCACAGAGACACUGGCUCCUUGACGAACCUUAAGAGAGCGAAUGCCGACGUAGAGAUUAUAAUGCCGCGAAGUCCGAUGGGAAAGGAAAACAUGGUCACAUUCAGCAACACCUUGCCAAGGGUCAACACACCCGCGGUUGACGAAUCAGCUCGGCGGAACGUGUCCAUACAUGCCUCCAUGGAUUCCGCCCGCUCGAAACAAAUCCUCUCUCAAUGGAAGAACAAGAACGAAAGUCGGAAGCUGUCCCUGCAGGUGAUUGAAACCGAUUCUGGACAGUCGCCGCCGAGGGCCAUUGAAAUGAGGUCAAGCUCUGAGCCAUCUAGAGUGGGCGUUAAUGGAGAUCACCAUGGUCCAAGCAAUCAGUACCUGAAAAUCCAGCCCGGUAGCAUGCCAGGAUGCAACAGUGUUGGCCUAUCUGGGGGACCGAGAGUUUCCAUUCAGUCACGUCCAGGAUCUUCCCAGCUCGUGCACAUCCCUGAAGAGACCCAGGAAAAUGUCAAUAUGUCUCCCAAAACGAAUUCUGCUCGAGCGAAGUGGUUAAAAGCUGCCGAGAAGAGCGUUGGGUGCAGAAGCAAUAGCCAGCCAAGGAUCAUGCAGGUCAUAGCCAUGUCAAAGCAACAAGGAGUCCUUCAGGGCAGCCCAAAGGGCUCUGAUGGCGGUACAGUCACCUGUACGGGAUCGAUCCGCUACAAAACCUUGACAGAUCACGAACCGAGCAGCAUUGUAAGGGUAGAGGCCCAUCCUGAGAAUAGCCGCCCCAUCAUCCAAAUGCCGUCCGAAGGAGAAGGCAGUGGCUCCUGGAAAUGGAAAGCUCCGGAGAAAGGAAGCCUACGCCAAACGUAUGAGCUCAACGAUCUCAACAGAGACUCCGAGAGCUGCGAAUCUUUGAAAGACAGUUACAUUUCUGGGGAUCGGAAAAGAAGCAACAUCGAGGGCAGCGACCAUCACCAUCACGGGAUCACCACAAUCAGAGUCACCCCUGUAGAAGGCAGCGAGAUCGGCUCAGAGACCCUGUCCAUUUCCUCUAGCCGUGACUCGACACUUCGGAGAAAAGGUAACAUCAUUUUAAUACCCGAAAGAGGCAGCAGUCCGGAGAAUACCAGGAAUAUCUUCUACAAAGGAACAUCUCCAACAAGAGCUUACAAAGAAUGAGGGCUGGUGCUUCGGCCAAAAACAACAGAUACCACUAAAAUCAAUACUGUUUGGGUGCAAGCGUUGCACUCUCUUCAUUUUUAGAGCUGAUGCCGAAAUAUUCUUGAUGUGCCAACUAUUGACCAUCAGCCUGACUGUUUAUGGAUGUUGCUGAUGUGUAGUGAUUGUGCAUGAAUUUGUGAAUUUCAUGUCGCGGGGGGAAAAAAAGCACAAUGCAAGAACCUAGUGAAGGGGAGCAAGCUUUUGUUUUCAGAAUCAAAAUGUUUUUCCAGUAGGAUCUGUGUCAGCCAAAAGAGCGGUCUUAAAUCUAGACCGCUUAUUUCCUGAAUGUGCCAACUUUUCAACUUAUCUAUUUCAUGAUCAAAGGGAAGCAAUUUUUUUUAAAAAAAAAAUAAGCAAAAGCUGUACCAGAGUUGUACUAAAUCUUUGCGGGUUUUGCACCAAAAUUUAAUACCAAACGGUGCUGAUUCUAACUUUACAUUUUUAGAAAACUUCUAACUCCUGUGCAGCUCUCUAAACACAAUACAUUUUGAUGUGCGAGUUUUUUCCGAGUAUCCUAGCUGAAAACACCAUGCUAACUGCAUUCAUUUAGAAUAGAAAAGUAUCAAGAAUCAAUACAGCUUUGCUAUCGUGCAGUUUUCAUCUCAAAUGAUUGCAAAAGUUUUGUGUAGUUCUUUGAAAGAUUUUUCUUGAGCCAAAAAAAAAACCGACAACAAAAAACUAGAAA